GAGUUUGACUCGUGAAGAGGGAGAGAUCAAAUAUUUUUAUCUGUGGAGAGAUUGUCAGAGAGAACAAAUCGGGAAUUGACCGGAAUUUACCGUGUUAUUAUACCUCAGUGGAAUUGACAGACCAACUUCAACAUGAAAGGUUUUAUCCUUCUGGUUCUGGGAAUAGGCAUUCUUCAUUGUGCAUCUGCUGCUACGCAUUCACUGCGUUAUGUGUACACUGCGACCUCAGGAAUACCAGACUUCCCUGAGUUUGUGACUGUUGGGUUGGUGAAUGCAGAGCCCAUCUCGUACUAUGACAGCGUCAUCCGCAGAGAAACUCCCAGACAGGACUGGAUGGCCAAGACUGAGGGGUCUGACUACUGGGAGAGACAGACUCAGAUCUCCAUUGCUGACGAGCAGACCUUCAAAGCCGGCAUUGAUAAUAUUAAGCUGCGCUUCAAUCAGACUGGAGGUGUGCAUAUUAUUCAGAAGAUGUACGGCUGUGAGUGGGAUGAGGACACUGGAGUCACAGAGGGGUUUAAGCAGUAUGGAUAUGAUGGAGAGGAUUUCGUAGCAUUUGACCUGAAGACCAAGACAUGGAUCGCCCCAACACCACAGGCAGUCAUCAGCAAACACAAGUUGGACAGAAACAUAGCUAACAAUGAGCAGAAGAAACACUACCUCACCCAGACCUGCAUUGAGUGGCUGAAGAAGUAUGUGGACUAUGGGAAGAGCACUCUGCAGAGGACAGUCCCUCCCUUAGUGUCUCUGCUCCAGAAGACCCCCUCCUCUCCAGUGACCUGCCACGCUACAGGUUUCUACCCCAGUGGAGUCAUGGUGUUCUGGCAGAAAGACGGACAAGAUCAGCAUGAAGAUGUGGAGAAUGGAGAGACUCUCCACAACGAUGAUGGAACCUUCCAGAAAAGCGUCCACCUCACAGUGACGCCUGAGGAAUGGAAGAACAACAAGUAUCAGUGUGUGGUUCAGGUCACUGGUAUCAAUGAGGACUUCAUCAAGGUUCUGACUGAGACCAACAGGGCCCUCAUCAUUGGAGUAGCUGUAGCUCUCCUGGCCGUUGUUGCUGUUGUUGUUGGGGUCGUCAUUUGGAAGAAGAAAAACAAGAACAAGAAAGGCUUUCUUCCAACCAGCACUUCCGACACUGACUCUGACAACUCUGGGAAAGUUGUCCAGAAGACUUGAGAGACCUCUCUGCACUUCUGUAACAUCAGAGAAGGAGCUGAAGAGGACAGGAACUAAAUGGAAACAACAAACAUUGAACUUCCCAAGAACGAACACAUACGUAUACUUACACACACAUCAGUCUCACACAUACACCUUUCUCACACACAAGCACACACACACACUGUAAACACAUAAUCCAUAUAUAAAAGAAAUCUGCUGUCAGAAAUAUUAUUUGGUGAUUUCCUUUAAACCGUUUUACUUUCAUUUAAUCCAUGGUUUGGCUUUUUAAAAGUUGUGCUGUAAUUUUGUUGAAUUAUAUAAUAUAAUAUUGCCAUGGUUUGGCUUUUUAAAAGUUGUGCUGUAAUUUUGUUGAAUUAUAAAAUGUAAUAUUGCCACUGUGUGAUAGACGUAUCUCAGUCUUACAGGUAUAAUAGAAUCAAUGGAACACCAUGAACGUUUCUGGAAAGGAUUAGAUUGUUGUGCGAUGUUAAAUUAAGAUCUGAAUUUAUAUUAUUCUACAAAUAAAACAUAAAUUUGUUUGAUUUUCCCCUAAGUGAAGCCACCAAAACAAUCACAUUUAAAAGAUAUUUCUGUAAACUGGAAAAACAUCAUUAUUUUGUUUGAAUGUGUAGUGUAGCUGCACAUAUGUGUACGUUUUGGUGGUAUAAGAUACAGUAAUUGUGUGACAUGUUAUAACUUUGCUCACACUAACUUGUUUAAUUGCAUGGCCAUAAGCCAGACAAGGCCUAUCCACAUGUUCCAUUUGUAAAUGUUUCUCUUUUAACGGAAGUGACUUUAUUUUUCGAGCUGUUUUGAUUUUAUGAUACGUUUGAUUUAUGAUGGGGCAUAACACUUUUUGACUAUACGUUCUGUAGAAAUAAGUUGGUGAUGGGGCAAGUGAACAUGUAUUUUAUUGCAAGUGUAAAUGUGAUCCAUUUAAGAGAUACAUAAUCAACCAGCCAAACAAGACAAAUUAGAGACCAAAUUCAUGCAUUCUGUAAUAAUGUUCUUACACCUUUCAAUAAAGUCUACAAAAUUGGAA